CGUGUGGAGAUUACACAGUGGGUCCUCGCGAUCAGGAACCGUGUCGGUUCUCGUUGCACAACUGUGGUAGAUAUUAACACUGUGCGCAGGAGUCGGCCACCAGUAACACGCAAACGGGCAACAUGUUACAUUCUAUCGCUUUUGCUUUUGUGCUGAUGACCGGCCUUUGUGUCGCGAGCCCCGUCCCGGAGCCCGACCCAGGCUAUCAUCACACACGCAUCCGAAUCCACGUCCCCCAUGAAGUCCACACGCUGCACCACCACCACGUCGAGACGGUACCGAUUUACAAACACGUACCUGUCAUCAAGGAGGUACCUAUCAUCAAAGAGGUGCCCAUAAUCAAAACUCUCCCCGUGGUAAAAACUGUUCCAGUACCAGUCGUGCACACGGUGGCAGUGGAAAAACCCGUUCUCGUACCAUACCAUGAAACAAUCUCACAUUGGCAUUGAGUAUGAUACUGACUUUUUAGCAUAAUGUAUACGAAUUAGGUUAUUUUAAACCGUAUUUUCGUACAAUUUUCAAGUACAUCCAAUUCGUGGCUCGAAAGUGUAAUACGCAAAUACGGGCAUAAAAACUGUUUCGUCAUUUUUGACACAAAUUUUGAUUAAAAUUAACAUUUUAAGCAGUUUUCUGAUCUGUGCGUUUCUAUUUUUUAUUAAGAACUUAGCCAAAAAUGACGGCCUAAGUUUUCUACGGUACCUGAUCCGUAAAACUGUAGGUAGAUGUUUUUUUACUAUGAUGUAAAUAAAAUGAUGUUAUAUAGAAUAGUCAUUAGAAAAUCAAUAAAAAUAUUUUUGUACCAAGGCCAUA